AUGAGUGAGAUUAUAGAAUUGAAAUCAUUGAACACCAACGGUCAAGAUGAAAUUAAUUCAGAAGAAUAUCAUGAAAUUAGUCAUGAGGCUCUUUUAGAAACUGAUAAAGUGUAUCCAUUGAAAGCAGCAUCUAUAAAUGAAUAUGAUUUUUUUACAUGUAUCGAUGUCAACAGUUCGAAGGAAGUUAAUAAGAAGAAAAAAACAAAGAAAACACGAAAACCCAAAACGGCUAUGGAUAUCAUCCGUAAUGAACUAGCUGGCAAGCCUUUGUUAAUAGAAAAUAACAUAACAAUAAUUGAUCGCAACACUCAACGAAAUAGUUAUCUUGAAAAGACUCCACGCUUGGAUAGAAUAUUUCCUAAAAGAGGCUUCCGAAUUCUCGACACAGAAACAGGCACACACGGGCAGCAACGACACGAGAUAAGUCCAAUAUUCCCUUUAGUUCUGGAAAACAGACUCAGUAAGCAAUUAAAUGUACCAAGUGUAGAGUACAAAGAACCGAUAUUAUUUGAGGACGAUAUUACUGAGUAUGCUAAAAAUGAAGAACAAGAGAAAAAAGUUGGGAAAUUUUUAGACUUAGAUAUUCGUAACAUAAAGUUUAAACAUCACCAUGAAUUCAAUCUCGAGGAAUUGUUGUGUGUUAAGGCAACAGAACUCUAUGACACUUAUAACACCAUAGACAAACAAUUAGCUGAGUUGUCUAAGGUGAUAGCCGUGAACAGAAGAACUAGGAACAGUCUAAAGGAGCAGUUAUUAAAAUUAAGCCCCCAUAGACAAAAUGAAGUGAAGUUCGAUAAAAACAUCCUUAAAUAUACUCAACUAAUGAUCGAUGCAAAAUAUAAAUACUGUGAGGUUAUGAAGAACAAAAAAAUGGUUGUACAUCAACUAAUAUCUUUAUGGGAGGAUAUUAAAAUGGUCAGGGAAAAAUGUGGCGUCACCACAAAUAACUUGACGAUAGACAUUAAGAGCAAAGAGUUUGAACAAAAAGAGUACGAACAACACUGGAUUCAUCUGUUUGAAAUUGAGUAUAAUGAUACUAUAGUAAAAAUAGAAUACGAAUAUAUUAAGAAUUAUUUAAAAUAUAAAGAAUUAAAAAAUGAUAAAAACGGUGAUAACGUCCCCAAACCAAAGCUUAAAAUUGAUUAUGAUAACAUUAAUAACCAAGUUGAAGAAAUAGUAACUGAAAUAAUGUCUGGUGAUAAAUAUGACUUAUGUAUUAAAUAUAACAGCGACGUAGGAAGGUAUAAAAAUAAAUCAGGAAAAACUUUGAUUGACAAGAAUUUUAAAUUCAAAAUAUUUGUUGACGAUAUUUUAGUUUGUGAGUCAGACGAUUAUCAGAAUAGAAGAAAUCGGUUCGACGUCGAUUUUUCUUAUUCAUUGUCUAUGGAAAUUUUACCCCAUAACCAAACAAUAAGUAUAAUUCUAUUUGAAAAUACGGAAGCUGUGUCCUUUUAUAAAUUACAAUUAUCUGAUAUAAAGAUAUAUAGAGAUGAUGUAGAAUUUUUAACAAGAGAAUUUAAGUAUGAUAUAAUUAUUGAACCUACAAACAGAUAUAUCGGCAGUGGGUUCGAUAUUAAAACUAUAGCCGCUAAGAAUAAAGUGAGACUUAAAUCUAGUAAUAUAUUCAAGGGCAAACAAUACACCAGAUGCGAAGUAUUUAUUAAGUUAGAAUGGAAUAAUAAGCUGAAUAAUCAUGAAUGUGAAUCGUUAAAAUCAGCUAUCGAUAUGAGACAAAUGUUAUUAAGGCUGCUUAAUGGUAAAGAACCUACGUUAGAAUUAUUGGUCGAAGCCAUAAACGAUCUAUAUGGAAAUAGAGUAGAAGAUAACGAAGAUGUAACGGCCGCGUUGAAAAAUAUUUGUAAACCCGUCACCAAUAAAUGGGAAUUGUUUGAAGAAAAUGACGCUGAACAUUCUAGAUUCAGACUUCUACAACUUAGAAAUAAAGAUGGUUUCCUUAAUAUGAAUAAUAAAUGUAUACCAUUGUUCGUAAGUCAGUUUUCCACGGAGCAAAUGCACUGUUUGCAAAAUAAUAAAGACGACGAUGUCGAUUACUAUAAGUUUCAAAGCGAACCAAAGAAGAAUUUGAUCGACCUUCAGAGAUUUAUAGGAGUUAAAUUUGUUGAGAAACUAAAUGACAAUUUGAAAUUAGUUGUUAAUAAGCUGUUGUUGAAGAAAACCUAUAAAGACGUAGUGAAAGAUUAUGGAGACUUUAAGAUAAGGGACAUUUUGUCGAAUUCUAUAAGACUAUCUUUGGACGACUCGUCAACAUUUAGGAAACAGCAGGCUUUAGAAGAGUGUCUACUAGAGGAACAAGAAAUAUAUGUGACAGUAAUACGAGCUUUUAAUAUAUUGGACAGAUCGAGUGAUGACGCAGAUGGGGCUGCGGAAGACGGAAGUGACGACGUAGCCGGUUUCAGAGUUCACCCUCUACGUCCGUUCGUAAGGGUGAGUUACCACGGCAUAUCCGUGGAGACUAACACUGCUAUUGGCUGUUAUCCCACAUGGAACAACACACUCAAGAUAAAGGCCAGAUUAGAACCGUUAUCAUCUAUACACGUCGAUGUGUAUGAUCAGUGCAAAGAAAGCCUGGAGACCAACUCGGACAGGUCCGGACAGAGUACUGUGAAUUAUAGAAAAUAUAACAAAUGGCUUGGAGGUACCAAAAUACCCUUACAUACUGUACUGGAUGUAGGAAACGUGCGAGGUACAUUUAAACUGAACGUACCACCGCUGGUGUUGGGAUACGAAAAUGCGACCUCCAAAUCUCAACCAACAGUCAUGUCCAAACUCAUUAGUCAUAUAAAGAGAGACGCGUCCUUGAUAUCUCUCCAAAUAACGACCAGUGUUUCGUAUUUAGGAGGCCUACAGACCUACUACCAACCUCUACCUGAUGACUCAGAGAGUGACUUCAUUAUACGACGUCUGAAUGACUUCAUUACUGAAUAUAAUGAAGAUUUCCCAACAAGGAACAUAUCUCUAACAUUUAUAGAUAGCUCCAAAAGAAAUAAAUGCGUCACAGAAUUCAUCCAACCCCUCCCGCUGCCGAGCUAUGAAUAUUUCCCCUUGGAUCCGAGAAAGACAGAAUCAGCACGAUCUAAGAGUUCGGGACAUUCCAGAAGUUCAUCUUCGAAAGGCAGCAGAAAGAAGGCCUUAGAUGAAGAUAAAGAAGAUUUAGAUACUUGGAAGACUGAUGAAAAUUCGAUUACUAAAAAUAUAGAAGCCGCAGUACGAUAUGUAUCAUUGAUUCCUACUUAUGAAGUAAGAAAUGCACACGUGGUCACGUUAACUGGAGAGGAAUUGUUGAGAGUUUUGUACGGGUCUCAGUUAGACCACACAAUAUUAUUAGCGAGCUACUUCCUUCAUCUCGGAGUUAGAUGUUGGGUUGUCAUCGGUUUCGGACUGCCGCGUGGUCGAAGCAGCUACGUCCUGGUGAAGUGUUACAAUAAUAGACCAUUGAUGAUCAACGAAAAUAUCAAAAAUGGUGGAUUUUUUUCUAGAAGUGAACCGUUCACUUGGUACAUUUACGAUGCGGCGGCAGGAGAAAAAUACAUCUUGAGAGAAAUAGGCUGUCCUUUGAGGACGGUCAGCUAUGUAUUUGAUUGUGACAAUGUGUUUAAUAAACCGAUUUUUUUACCAAACACGAUUCCCGACAAACUUUAUAACAAACCUUAUGAUGUAGAAGAUUUGCGAUCUUCUCUGGAAACAAAAAUUAAAAAUAAAAUUCAAAAGUGGAGAUCACAUGUCAAGACUAUUUGGAACAGAUAUUGGAGUAGUUUACUCCGUGAUACACUGGUGCAGUGGGAAUAUUGGUCCUUCAAUCCCACUCAGCCUCGACCGACCCUUGGGCAUCGACUAAAACAACUCAGGGCUUCUUAUAAGAUUUUCGGGUUUCCUAUAAACACAUCGUAUCUGAACACGCACCUUCUGAUGUCCCACGUCAAAUCUACUUCGCUACACGUGAAUGAUGAUCCCAGCGUGGAGUUUGGACUGGCCGUCGAAGUAUUCGCAUAUCCUAAUAACAUAUUAAGCGUCUGGGUGUUCCUAGCUAGUAUCACGAGACUUUGA